UCUUCCAGAAGCCUGCGCGGUUACUUCUAUAUUCAGAUGUUCAGUCCUUUCCCUCUGAGCUGGUGUGUGUAGGAGCAGGGCUGGACCGCGUGCUGCCGGGAUCAUGUGUGUGUGCCUGCCUGAGCUGUGUGUGCUGCUGCUGACAGUGGUCACCAGCGCUGGGCAGAGUGAACGCUGGCGGGCCGGGAACUCCUGCUACGGAGGAUUCGACCUCUACUUCGUACUGGACAAGUCGGGGAGUGUACAGCACCACUGGAAUGAAAUCUACUACUUUGUGGAUAAUUUGGCGCAUAAGUUCAUCAGUCCUCAGCUUCGGAUGUCAUUUAUCGUAUUUUCAACGGAAGGCAGAACUCUGAUGAAGCUGACGGAAGACAGGGAUCAAAUCCGAGAAGGUCUGGAGCAGCUUCAGAUGGUGCAGCCGGGUGGAGACACCUUCAUGGACAAGGGAUUUCAGCGAGCGAGUGAGCAGAUAUACUAUGCUACGGGUGAUGGUUACCGAGCAGCCAGUGUCAUCAUCGCUCUGACGGAUGGAGAACUGCGGGAGAAUCAGUUUGACUUGGCAGCCAGAGAGGCCGGUCGAUCACGUCAGCUGGGAGCUACCGUCUACUGUGUGGGAGUGAAAGACUUCAAUGAAACUCAGCUGGCUGUGAUAGCUGACAGUAAGGAGCGCGUCUUCCCUGUGACUGAUGGCUUCGAGGCCCUGCAGGGCAUCAUUGACUCGAUUCUGAAGAGAUCGUGCAUAGAGAUCCUCGCUGUUGAACCUUCGACCAUAUGUGCAGGAGAAUCUUUUGAGGUAGUUGUGCAGGGGAACGGCUUUCUCCACACACGAGAUGUGAGAGGCGUGCUGUGCAGUUUCCGUAUCAACGAGACCUUCACCGUCAUGAAGAGACCGCUGGCAGUGGAAGACACGUACCUGCUCUGCCCAGCUCCUGUGUUGCAGGAUGAGGGGACAUCUGCCUCUCUCCAUGUCACAAUGAACAACGGUUUGAGUUUUAUUUCCAGUUCUGUGACCAUCAGCACACUCCGCUGUACGGACGGGACCAUUCUGGCCAUUGCUCUUCUUAUCCUUCUGCUCCUGCUGGUCGUGAUUUUGCUCUGGUGGUUCUGGCCCCUGUGCUGCACUGUGGUGAUCCACGAGCCCGCCCCGCCGGUGAUGGAGGACAGCUCGGAUGAAGAUGAUGAUGGAUAUCUGAAGAAGAAGUGGCCCACGGUGGACGCAUCGUACUACGGCGGGAGAGGGAUCGGGGGCAUCAAACGCAUGGAGGUGCGAUGGGGAGAUAAAGGUUCCACAGAGGAAGGUGCGAAGCUGGAGAAAGCAAAGAACGCUCGGGUAGUGAUGCCAGAGCAGGAGUUUGAGUUCCCCCCCACACACACCCUCAACAACGGCACCCACAAACACAUCUCCCCCCAGAAGUGGUACUCACCCAUUAAGGACAAGAUGGAUGCACUGGGGGUAUGGCUAAGGAGGGGUUACGACCGUGUGUCCGUCAUGAGACCCCAGCCAGGAGAGGAGGGUCGCUGUAUGAAUUUCACUCGGGUGAAAUCGUGCCCACCGCCUCGUUACCCAGACAACAAUGCUUCCCGCCACAUCUACAGUCUGCCCUACAGUGCGGCCCCACCUGUCCCACAAAACAGUCUGCCUCCAACCCCACAUGGCACUUACCCCACCCACUCCUCCUACCCCUGUCAGGAUUCCUACUCCACCCAGUCUCCAACUUCCUCCCUGCCUCCUCUUCCAUCAACUCCACCCCCAUCUGGUCUAACUCCACCUCCUUACACUCCCCCUCCAACCAGAGAACUGCCCCAGGCCUGCCUGAUCCCACCCCCCUCCCCACCCCCAACUCCUCCAAUGUCUCUCUCUCCAGUAGGGUUCCUCCCUUCAACUCAGGAACCAACUGCCUGUCUGUCUCCAUCAGCGUCCAGCGUGCUGCCUCCACCCCCUCGGUUUGCGCCGCCUUCUCGAGCUCCUCCCCCGUCCCGCCCUCCACCACGCCCCUCCCCUGACGGAGGAGUCCGAGGCCUCCAGGACUGAGCAGAUCUCAGAGUGGAUCUCAUGGUCAUGUGUUCUCGUUCACGUCUCCCUGGACGGGAAGUCUCCUGUCAAGUCUUUGGGACGAGCAGCACUAAUUCUAAUUCUCUGAAGAUUUUUAAAAAGAUUUUGUUUCAAACAAGUCCUCCGUCAUGCAGAGGAAACAGCAGAACACGGGCAUCACCCAUCAAUCUGGAAGAAGAGAUGGAUGACGUGGUCUGAGCAGACUAGGCCUGGACGUUCAGCAGGAGACCCCGUUAGCGUUAGCCACAGUAGCAGGAGACCCCGUUAGCGUUAGCCACAGUAGCAGGAGACCCCGUUAGCGUUAGCCACAGUAGCAGGAGACCCCGUUAGCGUUAGCCACAGUAGCAGAACACCCCGUUAGCGUUAGCCACAGUAGCAGGAGACCCCGUUAGCGUUAGCCACAGUAGCAGGAGACCCCGUUAGCGUUAGCCACAGUAGCAGGAGACCCCGUUAGCGUUAGCCACAGUAGCAGGAGACCCCGUUAGCGUUAGCCACAGUAGCAGGAGACCCCGUUAGCAUGUAAAAUGCUAUGCAAAGACGAAACUAAUGUGUUAGAUGGGGAGCAAAACGCACAUCCAUUUUACUUGACAGAUCAGACACGCUGACUGACUCCUGACUAACACAAGUCACAUGCUAACUACAUAACGAUGCCAGAAUCUGUCUUUUAAAAAUGAGGGAUAUACUGUAACAGAAGAGUAGAGUCAGAGAUUAAACUGAAACCUAUGAGGGUAAUGGAAGCACAUUUUAAUUGUGUGUUGCUCCGGGACAAGAUGCAGGCUUUUAAUAUGUAUAUAUUUUACAUGCAGGCUUAUAAUAUGUAUAUAUGGCAGUGAGCAUUAAUUUUCAAGAGUAAGUGCUUGCAGACGCCUGUCCUGCAGCUCGGAUAAGGCCUGCGCGUCUGCUGUGACCUGUGGCAGCGUUGCCGCGGGACAAAUCCUGCAGAGCGCUUUGCUUCCUUUCAGUCUCUGGAGCUGAAGUUGGUUCUGCUUGUGCAGAAGGUGGUGAGGUUGAAUGGUUAGGGCUGUAUCCUAGAGAGCGCUUCUGCACGCCAGUUACAGCCCAGAGUCACCUAUGUGUUAUUGUGAACGUGCCUGGCAAUUCUUCCUCAUUAAAACCUUUGUUUGUUUGUUUGUUUAAUAAAAGCGCAUCUUGCAGCAUGCUGUUCUCUCAGUCAUUUCUAAUCUCAAUCUCACUCCUACCCUCUUUGCUGGAUCAGUCUGGUGUGGAACGAGGCCGUGUUGAUUGUGAGUGUGUGUGUGUGUAAAACACCACCUCUCCUCCCUUUUCCACAGUGCUUCUGAAAACACAAAGUAGCAGGUGUGUCUUGUCAAAGAGCUGGGUUUCCCAAAAGCCUCAUAAAAGGAUCAUCUUUAAAUGGUGGACUGAGUAUGGGAUGGAGCAGUCAUUUAAGAGGAUCUUAACACCAAGAUGUUUUUGGGAAACAGGGCCCUGGGCUGUUCCUUCUGCUGCUGGUUCCAAACAGAAAAGGCUUGGACCAGGACAGUAACCUGUACCUCAGUGCUGUGGUGUCACAACCUUCAGGACUUAUCUGUUUAAUCUUUACUCAGAUGGCAGAUGUCAUCUUGUUAAUCCUGUCAGGUGACAUAUCAGCUAUGAAGGGUGCAUUGCUAUGCUGCUCAUGGCUGUCUAACCCUUUACAUUGUGUGCAGCGGCACUGGCUCUUGCUUACUCAGGUCUCUAUGAGACGAGACGAGACGAGACUGUGGCUUCCUGUGGGCAGUUACAGUGAUGACACAGGCGAGGGUGUUAGUGGGUCCGUGAAGGGCAGGAACAGAGAGAGAGAAAACCAAACAGGUGUUCAAAUUCAGAGAGCAGCUCUACAUACCUGAGUGGGUCCAGGGCUCAUUGUGGUUCUGGGACAAAAUGUCACUGCGAGGCUCUCUUAGUCCAUUCAGAUUCAAACUGACCAUUUAUAUGAUAAAAAUAUUGUAUAUUAAUUUAAAAGUGACCACAAGGUAUGAACUACAAAAUAAAAACCAAAUCCCCUAAACACUACAUGCGAGCCAGCACAAAGCAGCUUUCAUAUCUGUAAUUCAACAGCUGUACAGCUGGCAUGUUCCACGACGCUAUUCCAUCUUUAAAAGCUUUAGAAUCUUUAGAAGAAAAACCGGGUUCACUACCGGAUGGUGGAAGUGAUUGUGGAGAUUAGCAGCUCUGUGUCAGCAGGUCAUGGUUAUCUAAAUGCCCCUUUUCAACAGGAUGGACUGUAAAGAUUCAAGAAGUCAGUAUGAUAUACCAUAUCUUGGCCAUUAAGAGCCCUGUAAUAUCAAGCAGAGCUUUAUGAAUGAGCUUUAUUAUUUCUUAAAGACAAUAUAGAUCCUACAAUAAAGUAAAUAAACAACCACAUCUUAUACAUCAGUGCGUGUGCAGCUUUAAGACUUUUCCCACACUGGUGAACUGCGUAAUAAUCCAGUUUCAUAAAUUCAGAAUGAGAGUUGUUAGACACCAUCAAUCGUUUCAGUCUCAGAUAUUGAGGUAGUUAAACAAGGGUGGUGCAUGUGAUGCUAUUAAUGACUAACAAAUACUAGAAAGUGAGAUGAAGGUACUAGACAGAGAGCUCCGAGCAGCCCGUUUUCUCUCAUCCCAGAGAUGCUCUACAGGACUAAGAUCUGGGGACUAGAGAAGGAAAACUCGCCUUCAUGUUCCUGGAACUGAUCCAUGACCCCUGUGUCAGGGUGUAUUGUCCUGCUAAAAGUGUCCUUCCGCCACAGGGUAAACAGCUGCCAUGAAGGGAGGAGCUUGGUUUGCCACAAUGCUACUGUCUAAACGUCCAUCCACAGGUAGAGGACCCAGGAUGUGCCAGGAACACACUCCCCACACCAUCACUCCAACUCUACCAGCCUGGACUGUUAACGUCCGACAGGAAGGGCUCAUUGAUUCAUGCUGCUUGUGCCUAAUUCUGACCCUCCUAUCAGCAUGGUGGACAGAAAUCUGGACUCAUCUGACCAGGUGAUGUUUCUCCACUGCUCAGUGAUCCAGUCCUUUUGUUUCCCUUAGACAUCAGCGUCACUCACACCCAUCGUCUGCUGUUAUAGCCCCUCUCUGCUAAGGAGCGUGUUGUACAUGUUAGUAGGAGCACCAGUACAGAGCUGCAGUCUUCACAUCCUCCUCUAACCCGUCACUGACGAGUUGUUUAUGUCCACAGGAUACACGUUUGCUGGAGGUUUUUUCUUGAUCACACCAUUGUCAGUAUACUCAACACUACACUCAGCAUGAGAACACUCCACAUGGUUGGCACUAACAAACACCAGCCCAGUCUAGUUUAACACUGAUAACCAACCUUCAACUGAAGUUGCUUAGAUCUCUCAAUUUGCCACAUUCUAAUGUGGACUCACACUGAAACUGAUCCACGAAACACAGCCACCAGAGUUUAUGCCGCACUCCAGGGUCACCUGUCCAAUUUCCAUUUAUGGUGGCCAGUGUAUUUAUAUAAUCUCGCUCUCACACACACACAAAAUUGGUCAAAUCCAGGAAAAACAUGAACUGUUUAUCUGAUGCUGUCAGAUCACGAGCUUUUGCUUUGAAAUGUGAGGAGGGAAACUUUUAGAAAGCUACCAAACCGAGACUGCACCCAAAGGCCUGGAGCUGCUCCAGCACACCAGUACUCCGCUCACCCCAUAAAAGUGGCUGUGAGAACUAGCUGACCAGAUGAUUCACGAAAAAAGCACUGGAUGAAGACAGAGCCACUACUCAAAAUCACCAGUCUGCUCUUACAGAAGCGUUCGUCCUGAUUUCAACCAAACUGAGGAAGGUGUUGGAAUGAAAGAAGAGGGACACAGAAACUGACACCACAGCGAGUGGGUAUGACCGACUGAAACGCAAUCUAACAGCACGCUAUCAGGGAUGAGUCACUGUAGAUGUUCCGCUGCCUGACAAGGCAGUAAAUGUCUGAUGUAAAUGCACGGUUAUUCAUGAUCAUGGCAGGAGCAGUGGUCUUGGUGUUUGGGAGAGGCUGUUUCUGCUAAUCAGACCAAAGAGAACACCAGUUAAUCUCACUUUAUACUACAUCAGAUACCUACUGUACUCAGGCCAUUGUGUCUUUCAGUCAUGGCUCCAACAGUCUGUGGGAGUGAAUCAGACUCCACCCCUCUCUGUGGGAGUGAUACACACACACAAAUUUCAGACGACUGAUUGGUGUGAAAACGGUUGGAGAGUCUGGUGAAUCAGAGACCAGACUGAGGAAAGGAAGUCACAGCUGUGUCAUUUCUUGGAUAAUUUAAAUUGAAAACUGUUGCAUCAAUUUUCACUGAGAAUGACUUCAGCCUGAACAAUUCUCCCCUUCCUCAAUCUCCAACUUGUCAAUGUGAAUCCCGUUGGCCAGAGUGUCACCAGCCGGAGAACACCGUCACACCGGAUGACUUCGCCGAGAGCACAGAGCAACUGUCCACACUCUCCGAAUUCAAAGGACUCGCGAGGAAGGGGAGAAAAAACAAAAAAACAAAAAAAGAAGUACAAAGAGAUAGAGUCUAAAUCGGAUAAAAACCUGACUGAUCACAGCCGUCAAUAUUUGUGCUACAAAACGUUUAGCAGCAAAUCGACAGCAGCUUGCGUAAACGUCUGUGAGACUUGACGAUCUGACAGAUAAUCAUCUCAGGGAAUGCUGGAGUCAAAUCUCCACCAUGCAGCUCUGAAAUGAAGAACUAACAAUUUGACAAAAUGACCAAGACGUCAAACCUUAGUCCCAGACUAAAGGUCUACACACACACACACACACAAAAAAAAAAAAAAAAAAGUGUCUGAGUUGGGUCAGUUGGAUAUAAAAAUGAGAAACACAAGAUUUCUAAACCAUAAAGCCUUUAUCUGAACAAUAAGCAUCGUGGUACAGUCUUGAGCAGGAACACUCCCACCCAAGCAUGGAUGAUCUUCACUUCACCAUGUGUAACGGAUCCUUUGUACACCUGGUCUGGAGAAUUCAGCCUAACUACAAAUAAGACGUCACUUGUGCAGACAAGACGUCGCGUCACUACAGUACUGCGAGAUGGUUGCACAAUCUAAAGUAGGGGUGCAGGGUUGGGCACCUGUCCUGCUGUAACACACGUCCCCUGCGAGCGCCAGAAUUAGGUGUUGAAGCAGGACACCUGUGUUAGGUCCAACUGACUGUUUCUGGACCCUGCUGCGGACAGGUCGAAGAGAACAGUGUUACAAUGUCUCACUAAGGCCUCUUAACACUCACAGAUAACAGUCAGCUUCAAUGUGACGAGCUCUCAUUAGAGACACUGCAAAGACAGGCUUAGUGCAAAGACCGAGGACAAAUCAGAUCUCCCCAGAGAUUGGGUUCCUUCAGCCAAUCAGCAGCUGUGUAGUCAGAAUUUGAGGUUUGAUUUUUGUGAUGAGAAGAAACAAAACAUGUAGCGAACAAUUAAAAAAAAAAAAAAAAAAAAAAAAAAAAAAAAAAAA